GGCGAACCUGGACCAAAGGGUGCGCCGGGGCUCCCAGGAAAUCCUGGCACUGAUGCUGACGGAGGAACGAGAGGUCCACCGGGGCCACCAGGACCACCUGGGGAGCCGGGACCACCUGGGCCACCGGGACCUCCAGGAGAAGGCGGACCAGACGGAAUAGUUAUUGAGAAAGAAGGACCACCCGGAGAACCUGGAAUCCCUGGACCCCCAGGCCCACCAGGGCCGCCUGGAGCAGAGGGAACUCCUGGUUCACCCGGCAUCCCCGGACCUCCUGGACCACAGGGUGACGAUGGCCUUCCUGGUGUACCUGGCCGACCAGGACCACCAGGACCGAAAGGUGCACCAGGUAAACGUGGACAAGCUGGACCGUGCUCUCAUUGUCCACCACCACGCACAGCUCCAGGAUACUAGUU